GUUAGGUCUGCCGAGCCGGUUUUUCACAAGCUACGAGUGGCGCGCACAGCGGAGCAGGCAGCGUUCUGUAUUGUUUUGCUGCACUAUUUGAGCGGGGGUCGUAGGUCGUAGGUCGUAGGUCGUCAUGGGGCGCAGGUCGUCGGACAGCGAUGAGGAUCGCGGCGGCAGCAGCAGCGGUCGUCGUCGCAGGAAGCACCUUCGGCGCUCCUCCUCUUCCUCUUCCUCCUCCAGCAGUCGGGACCGCGAGAGGGACAAGAGGAAGAGCAGCCGCAGGAGCCCGUCACGAGAACGAGACCGAGACCGAGACCGGGACCGAGACCGCCACCGGGACAGGGACAGGGACCGGGAUCGCCAUCGGGAAAGAGAUCGAGAUCGCGAUCGUGACCGAGACAAGAGGAGAAGGCGUAGGUCCAGCAGCAGCUCGUCUUCUGAGUCGUCACGCAGGAGGCGGAGCCACAGCAAGGGUCGCCGUGGACACCGAUCCCGCUCACGCAGCCGCAACCGCAGGUCUCGUUCCCGCCAUCGCAGGUCCCGUAGCCGUAGCAGCAGCCGACGCCGCAGCCGAGAUCGGGAUCGGGAACGCAGUCGCAGCCGAGAACGCAGCAGCCGCCACAAGGGCCGCGACCGGGAACGAGAGCGAGAACGCAGCCGCGACCGAGAGAAGGAGAGAGAGAAGGAGAAAGAGAGGGAGAGGGAGAAAGAGAGAGAGCGACAGCAGCAGAAGGCCAAGGAGAAGGAGAGAGAGAGG